GUAUCAUUUGGUCAUCAAGUAUCUAUAUAUUUGAAAUUCAGAUUCCGAGAUCAGACUUGAAGAUGCUGAGCUUUGCCUUUAAUUGGACGAAGCUGCUCCAAAGGCGGCAACCGAACUUGGCUCUCUUGGGGUUCCAAAAUAGCGUACGUAACUACAAGGUGACUGUAGUGGGGGCUAGUGGCGGCAUAGGACAGCCAUUGUCCUUGCUCAUCAAGCAGAAUCCGCUCGUGCGGGAAUUGGCGCUACACGAUUUGGCAAAUGUCGCGGGCGUUGGCGCCGAUUUGUCUCACGUAUCCACGAAAGCUACAGUUGAAUCGUAUGCUGGAGAUACGGAGCUGAUGGAUGCGCUCCGUAAUGCCGAGGUGGUUGUUGUGUCCGCCGGAUUGCCUCGCAAGCCGGGCAUGACACGGGAUCAGUUGCUUGGGGCCAAUGGAAGCAUUGCGAUAAAGGUUGCCACGGCUGUUAGUGCUGCUUGUCCGGAUGCACUGCUCGCCUUUAUAACUAAUCCCCUGAAUUCCAUUGUGCCCAUUGCAUCUGAGGUCCUGAAGGCGAAGAAGGCGUUCGAUCCAAACCGACUGUUUGGCAUUACAACACUCGACUUGGUGCGGGCCAAGACCUUUAUAGCGGACUUCAUGAACAUCAAUCCGCAGGAUGUGAACAUUCCGGUGAUCGGAGGACAUGCGGGGACUACCAUUCUACCGAUCUUUUCCCAAUGCAAACCUGACUUCCAAGGCCGCGACGAGGACGUGAAAUCUUUGACUCAUCGCAUACAGGAAGCUGGCACAGAGGUGGUGAAAGCUAAGGCUGGCAAAGGAUCUGCUACCUUAUCGAUGGCCUUUUCUGCAGCGUACUUUGUUAAUUCCCUCCUCCGAGGUCUGAAUGGUGAUGAGAAUAUCAUCGAGUAUGCCUAUGUGGCAUCUAAUGUUACAGAUGUGCCUUUCUUCUCGACCGCACUGCUGCUCGGCCCCUCGGGAAUUACAAAAAAUCUCGGCCUGCCCUGCCUGAGAGAGGACGAAGAGGAAGCUCUAGAGAAGAUGAAGCCAGUGUUAAUGCAGAGUAUUGAAGCAGGCAUUGACUUUGCAACCAGCAUCCUGUGUGAAGAAAUGAAAAAAGCAGUUGCCAAAUAAAUGUGGACUAUUAAAAUAAUUGAAUAUUUUAAAAUCUUUAUAAAAAUGUGUUCAUUUAUAAAUACAUAUAUAAUCGUA